GUCUCGCUCGUCUACGUCUCACAGUUUGAAAACCGUGGUUGAACCGGCAAAUAAAACUAGGCGGACACCAUUGGAUUCCUGCUGCACGCAAGAAAAGUGCAAGUCAAGUUAGUUUUUUUAGAAAACGGAUGGAUUAAUUACUAAUAAAAGUUUAUCCACCAAAAUGAACUUCUAACCUCGUAAAUAGUAGACCUCAUCAUCCCGUUGUCGCUUUAGUUAGUUUCACCAGGCAGAGACGAGCAGAGCCGCAACACCAUACAUAUAAUCAACAAAAUGGGUUGCUGUCGUCUCGAAGUCCAAUAUUUAACUCCAGAAGUUCUGGAGGGGUUUGAAAACUAUAAAUAUUCUUCGGUGGACACCAGCCCUCUUAGUAAUUAUGUUAUGCAUCCAUUUUGGAAUGCUGUUGUAAAGAUCUGUCCAAGAUGGAUUGCGCCAAAUUUAUUAACUUUUUCCGGUUUCGCGUUCACAGUGGCUAAUUUUGUGAUUCUAAGCUUCUAUGAUUAUCAUUUUUAUGCGGGUGGUGGUGCACCAGAAGGAACAGAAGCGGAAUAUUUGCCAAUACCAAAAUGGAUUUGGCUUGUUUCUGCUUUUAAUUUGUUCAUGGCCCACACCUUAGACGGAAUUGAUGGGAAACAAGCUCGCAGAACAGGGACAUCUGGUCCACUUGGAGAACUGUUUGACCACGGAUUAGAUUCUUGGACAACUGUGUUCAUUCCCACGGGGCUAUAUUCAGUCUUUGGUCGUGGAAAAUUUAGUGUGUCGAUAAAACGCAUGUUCUUCUGCUACUGGAACGUAUUCUUCAACUUUAUUUUCUCCCACUGGGAAAAAUAUAAUACUGGUGUACUAUACUUGCCUUGGGGGUAUGACUUGUCAAUGGUGGGAUGUUUUAUCGUAUUUCUGAUCAGUACAUUUGGAGGCCAUGAGAUAUGGAAAUUCUAUCUUCCUGGAGGUUACUACACAUCUGGGAAUGUGGUUGAAGUUCUUCUGUAUGCUGGAUCAAUCGGCCUUUCCAUGCCAGUCGCCUGUUACAAUGUGUACAUCGGCUAUCAGAGAGGGACAGGGAAGAUGCGCCCACUUUUAGAAAUGAUGAGACCUCUGUAUUCGUCAAUUUACCUGAUGAUUGUGACCUCACUGUGGAUGUUCCUGUCUCCGUCUGACAUUUUGGAACUGCAGCCUAGAAUGUUCUUUUACAUGGUUGGAACCGUCUUUUCUCACAUUUGUUGUCGAUUGAUAGUGGCUCAGAUGAGUUCGACGAGAUGUGAAGCCUUUAAUUGGACGCUAUUUCCUGUCACUGCGCUUGCCUUGGUAUCGGUAGUAAUGCGCCCCGGGCUCGGCUUUGAAACUGCAGCCGUUUAUGUCUUGGCGAUUCUUUCCACUUUAACACAACUGCACUACGGCGUAUGCAUAGUUCGUCAGAUGUGCCGACACUUUAAUAUUGAGUGCUUCAAAAUUAAAGAUAGGUCAGAUUGACUAUUAGCCGACAAUGCAUGAUGAAAUUUUCGAGCAAUUCACUGAAGCAAGCACACCACCUUAGAACAUGGAAUAUCGUAGUAAACCACAUAAUUUAGUAAAGUCGAGUAGACAUAUCCCCUACAUUAAUCCAUCAAUGUUAAGGGUGUGAAACAUGCUACUAUACGAGAUACUCAACCAUAAUUUAGCAAAUGAGAUAGUGAUAAUAUACAUUGCGUGCUUCCAAUCUUGCAAAAGCAGGCCAUCGCUUAAAUACAUGCUUAAUUCUGGUUGUUUGAUUUUGUAACGACUUAAAUGCAACAGCAACACACGUUAUUUAAUUUGUGGUUUUAUGUGUUUUUGCUUCAAAUAGCUCAACUAGGCAAAAUCUAACUUCAAUUGUUCUGUAUUUUUUAUCCUAUGUAAUGUUCGUUUUAUGUGUUAUUAUUACAACUACACGCCUCCCUCCCUAUUACUCUUAAAACUGUUUAACUCUUCCGACAACAAGUAUAUUUACUACACUCUCUUCCUAUGAUACUUCCACGUGAUCCAUUCCAUUAUUUUUUGCUAGCAUCCGAGAGAAGUGACCUUACUUACACAUCCAAACAUAAUAUUAUUACAAUAUUGUGAUAUGAGGGUGUUAUUUUGUCACACUGAAUAUGAGUUCCGUUAUUGUAGUAGAAAUGUCAAACUGUUCAGUAUUAGGCGAUUGAUUUGCAAAAUUUUGAAAGACGUUUAGAAUUUUGACAAUAAUACCUAUUUGUUAUUGACUAUUAUUCGUCUGAUGUUGUGGUGAGAAUUUUUUCCUGCUGGUUUUGAUUUUAUGUGAUGUCAUCUUAUACUUUUGAUCAAACCUAAUGUUAAUGCCCUUAUUAUUGUUUGUUUCCUGUGUCCGAUUUUCAUAAACUAUUAAGCGGAUUUGCCUAGGAUUAUAGGUGCUCGUUCAUUUUUUAUAACAGCAAUUAUGAAGAGCAGCCUUGUUCAAUCAUGCGUUGUCGCCUCAUAUUUAUAUACCCAUUUAUCAAUUUUUCAGCAUUUAUCAAUUGUGCCAAGUGUUCCCCAUUUGCAUUGACGUUUAUAAUGCUCUAACAAAGCUUUACUUUCAUAUGGUUUUUAAGAUACAAAUUUUUGUAUGUAACUACAUUCAACUCGAUUUUAUUAUACUGGAAUUAAUACCAUUCCAUUAUAGUUUCGUCUCAAUAAGCCUGACACCUUGUAAGGGUUUUAUUAAAUAUGAAAAAUCUGAUCCAGUUUUUAAAGAGUCUCGUUGUAGAUUAUGUACAAAUUCGAUGCGGAAUAUAAAUGUUGAAAGGGUUUCAAAAGACAUUUGCUGGUAUGUUUAAAUUGUAUUCAUAUUUACUUGGUAUAAUAUAAUAUCGCCUUCUUCGUUAAAUGAUCUUUCGUGCUGCGAAUAUAAGAAGGAGUUGGUAGUCUUGUUUUGUUUUAGUUUUCGAAUGACGCUGUAGAUUUUCGUUUCACUCGACAACAGACUUGGUGGUUGUGUCUUUCGGCGAAACUGAAACGAGCUUGGUCAAAAGUCACUUUAUCAUUAGCAAUGAUAAGUAUGUAUGAAGUACCAGGCUUACGAUAUAAUUUGAUAAUAUGUGAUUGUUUUCGUAAACUCAAUGUCGAAACCUAUUUUUGCUAGCUGCUAGUCCUUUAAUAUGUGUUUGUGUAACAGAACCCGUUAUUCUCUUCUAAAUGCAAUUUAGGUAUACAUACUUAUGAUAUAUUUUAAAAUACCACCUAGUAUACAUUUAUUAAUUGUAACAAUGCAUGGAAAUUGUAACAUUUUAAUAGAAACGAAAUAUAAAUAAAAACAGUUCAAGUUUGAAAUCGA